GCGCCGUCGGAGGAAACGGACCGGGAGAAGGCUCCACCGGCUGCCUCGUCUCCGAUGGCCACACCGCCGGCUCCGGUGCCCCCGGCCACAGCCAACUCCGCGCCGACGCCUACGCGGUCGCCGUUCAAGGCGCCACCCUUCUCCCAGCCCCCGUCCACUGCCGGUACCCUCAAGACGGAGAUCCCUCCCGCCUCCACCUCGGCCGCCACCGCCGCCGGAGUACCCGCCGUGGGAGCCUCAGCCGAGGACUCGCCGCACGUCAUCACCGUCCCUAGCUACUCAGGGUGGUUCUCGUACGACAGCAUCAGCGACACGGAGCGCCGCCUGUUGCCAGAGUUCUUCGAAGGGGAGGUCGCCGUGGUGUCUGGGUCACGGGGCCCGGAAGCCUACAAGUACUAUCGCAACUCCCUCGUCAAGAGGUUCCGGGCAAGGCCAGCGCGGCGGCUCACGCUCACCGAGGCCAGGCGGGGCCUUAUCGGCGACGUUGGCUCUGUGCGCCGUGUGUUUGACUUCCUUGAAGAAUGGGGCCUCAUCAACCAUGGUGCUCCUCCGCUGGGGGCGAAGCAGGGGAAAGACAAGAGGGAGGAAGGGGCGACUUCUCAGUCUUCAUUGCCUGCUGGACCAACCACACCCAAGAAGCUCUGCGUAGGGUGCCGCAGCGUCUGCGGCUCUGCCUAUUUCACCUGCGAGAAGGCGGAUAUAAGCAUAUGUUGUAGAUGCUUUGUGCGUGGCAACUAUCGGCCUGGUCUUACUCCAGCAGACUUCAAGAAAGUUGAAAUUAGCGAAGACGCCAAAUCAGAUUGGACAGACAAGGAAACUCUUCACCUACUUGAGGCUGUCUUGCAUUAUGGAGAAGACUGGAAGAAGGUUUCUGAACAUGUUGGUAGUCGCUCAGAGAAAGACUGCAUUGCUAGACUCAUCCGAUUAUCUUUUGGAGAACAGUUCAUGGGAUCUAAGGAGCAGAAAAUGGAGUUUGAGAUUGAUGAUGAUGUUAUUAAUGAAUCUAGAGCAGAGAUCCCAAAACGACUGCGUCUCACACCACUGGCAGAUGCAAGCAAUCCAAUUAUGGCUCAGGUCGCGUUCUUGUCAGCAAUUGUUGGCUCAGGCGUUGCGGCAGCAGCAGCGCAAGCAGCUAUUUCUGCACAAUCCCAGGUUGAUAUGAAUGACAGCCAGACUGAUUCUCCAACCAGCAGCACUAAGGAAGAAGAAUCUUCUUACACCAAUGGGCUUUCAGACACCGAUUUACUCAAAGAGGCAUCCGCAAAUGCACAAGUACAACUUCAAAAGGAGCAAAAAGAUAUAGAGCAAUCUUUAUCGGCCAUAGUGGAUGUCCAGAUGAAGGAAAUCCAAGAUAAGAUAAGUCGCUUUGAGCAGAAAGAGCUGCUGAUGGAGAAAGAGAGGGAGCAGCUCCAUCACUUGCGGGAACUGCUUUUCAUGGAUCAGCUUGCGGUUGUGCAGCAUCAGCGCAGACCGCAUGUUGUAGCAGCUGAGAACAAGGAGGAGGAGAAACCGAAACCUAUUAUCACCACGAGUUAGAUCAAGUGGGCCUUCGUUGGUAGCAUCGGAGGGCUGUGAGGAUUGGAACUCUGUUCCUCCUAUGUCGGCAAAAGGGAGAUACAUAUUGUUGGAAUCCUGUGACGAACACUAAAUUUAAUCUUCUUUUGCAGGCUCUAGAUUAGUGUAUUCUGUUUGUAUGUGGCUGCUUCGGAUGUUGUACUAAUGUCGUCUGAUUACAUUGUAGUCUAGCUAAUGGAAAUGGUGUUCUUAAAAA